AUGGCGGACAAGGUGUGCCGCAUGGUGGAAAACAUGGUAUACGAGUUUAAUGACCUGAAGAGAAAGGAGUUAUUCACAGACAAGGAAAUCAUAACAAUUGCAAAUAAAAGGAGGAAUCACGAGUACACAAUUAACAGCUCAUCCUGCAUACUGCUCAACUUCAUUUUAUACAUCGAAUUUGAAAUGAACUUGGAAAAAAUAAGAGAAAAAAGAAAGUGGAAAAAAAAAAAUGAUAUGCUGAAUGAAAUUAAUGAAUAUAACAAAUUGCUAAAAAGUCAAUAUGAAGAAUAUACAAAUUUGAAGGCAAAAAUAGAAAGUGAAAAAUGCCCCAAAAGGAGCAAGUCCUUGAGGAAGUUACUAAAUAAAAAUAAACACAGCAUUAACUGUUGUAAGAGGGACAUUUUAAAAGUGGAAAAUAAAUUACAAGUACUUAUACGACAUAGCUUAUCAGAUUAUUCACUUGUAAAAAGAAUAAUUAAUAUCUUCCAAACGUGCCUGAGAAAACAUCAUAAUAACAUAGAAAUAUGGCUACACUAUUUCAACUUCUGCUACGUAAAACGAAAAAUGGAAAAUUUGGAAAGUGCCAUAUUGAACAGCCUAAAGUAUCAUAUAAAAAAUGAACUCAUAUGGGUCUUCUACCUGCACUAUUAUAACAUAAGAAAAAAUAUUCAAUACACGAGAAAGCUAUACAUAAGGGCCAUUUUAUUCAUCCCUAAGAGUUUAUCCCUCAAUGUUUUAUAUUUCAACAUAGAAUUCGACAUAUUCUACAAACUGCUAACAAAUUUUAAGCAAAAAGUUGAUGAAAAUUCAUCUAAUGAGCAUUUUAACCAAUUCGUUGACUUUUGCAAAAGUAGUACAAAGGAACAAGACACCAAGGAUAAUUCAGCUAGCCAAACGAAUGAAGAUAUACUCAAACGGGAUAUUGAUCAAGGGGAUUACAAAACUGUUAAGGAUGAGGAUAAAUAUGGCUUAGAUAUAAUCAUCUUUCUGGGGAAGAAAUAUUUGAAUACUUUUCAAAAUAAUAAGAGCCAUCUUUACAUUUUUAUUUUCCUACUUUUAAAUGUUUACUUAAAAAUGGAAAAAAAUAAAUGGAUAAAAAAUUAUGUUCUUCGGUACAAGCAGGAUCAGCCCUGCUUUUUCUACUACCUUUUUGUAUCCAAAUGUGUUGCUUCCGCACAUUGUGACCUUUCCGAGGACAAAGGUUUCCAGAUUUUAAAAAAUACCUUUUACCAAAAUGGCGGCGAAGAAUCGCAGCUGCAAAACUACUUCGACGUGGCGCAAGUAAACCACAUAUUACGUGAACUCCUGGGCACCUUCCAUAAUGACCUUAUGAUUUACUUUUUCUGUCUCCUACUUGGGAACCUAUUUGAGGUCUUUGUAGAGUACACUAACGUAGAGGAUGUCUUCACCAUUGACGGCCUCCCGGGAGCACAAUUGCCACCGUUAACACAGUCUGAAAGUUCCCAUCAUACGGAUUCAUCCAAAACGGGGGGGAACCAUGCCAAUAUGCAAUCCAAACAGGACAAACAGGAGGAAGAACUAAGCAGCAACGUGGAUGUGGAGAAAAAAAAAAAUAUUCUCUUUUAUAUGAACAAACCCACCUUGACAAACCAUGAAGAAUUACAAAUAUUCCAGUUUUUAAAGGACGAAAUUUUUUUGUGUGGUCCAUACAACUUUAAAAAAAUUAAUGAAGAGUACCUGAAAGAAAAGGAUAGCAGCACGUACCAUUUUUUGCAGAAGCUGAACUUUAUGGCCCACGUUUGCCUCUUUGAAAAUAGACACUCAGAAAUAAGUAAGAAUAAUUUCAUUUACAAUUAUGAGGAAACCCAAAAAAAUAGCGACAUCCUUUCAUCUAUGUUGUACUUCUUCCUAUUCGAUCCAAAAAAAGUCCAAGCGGGUGAUAUGGCCAAGAAGAAACACCAUUUGGAGCAACCCAAUCAGGUGAAUGAAGCGCAAGGUGGUCUUAGCAAGAGGCGGAAGAAAGGGUUCGCCUGCCUUGGUGCGGACCCCCAGCGCCUCGCCCAAACAUCCCUCAAACGGGGGCAACGAAGGGAUGUUAACAGUGUUUACGAAAGUGAUAGCGAUAACAUGAGUGGCGAGGAAAGCGACGCAGUAAGCAGCGAAGGUGGCAGCGAAGGUAGCAGCGAAGGUAGCAGCGAAGGUGGCAGCGAAGGUAACAGCAAAGGUGGCAGCGAAGGUGGCAGCGAAGGUAACAUCAAAGGUAACAUCAAAGGUAACAUCAAAGGUGACAGCCAAAGAGACGCCGACCGUGAUGAGCAGCGCAACCCCAACGAAGGCAAAGGAAGCACUAAUGGAGGGGAGGACCCAAUCGAACUGAACACUCAACCCACACGCGAAAACGAAACAGCCAAACAGAAAAUUUCCAUCAUUGAUGAACUGCUUUCUUUACUGAGCAAAGAAGUGGACGUCUUUGUGAAGGUAACCAUUUUGAAGUGUGUCCUAAAUUUAAUCGUAUUUUUAAACAAUAACCAAUUGAAGCGCCAUUUCAGAGCGACCAUCUCGGAGGAGUGUGAAAAGGUAAGGAAAACUCCUCCCCAAAAAAACUUCCUCAAAGUGGAACUAAUCAAUUUGACCCAUUUGUAUAAAAAGGCGUACAGCGAUGAGUGCGCGGUGGUGUAA